CCCACCAUGUCAGGACGGUAUCUGACAGUUAGCAAAAUCCGAAGGCCAAAGAAAUUAUUAAACUGUGCGCACAUGUAGCAGUUAGCCACGAUCACAGCUAAAUAUUUCACAGGUUUAUUAAGGUUCAUUUCAGCGUUUUCUCCCGGAAAGACGGACAGAAUGAACCGCUUUAAUUCCACCGUCUCCGCUGACGAAUACCUCGCGGACAGUAACGUGUUGUUCUAUCUGAGCGACGCAGUGACCCAGCUGCUGGAACACAGAGAGGAGUACACCCAGUUUGGGGUGAUCCGCUACUUUGCUGAAUAUUUCAGCAGUGUGAAGAACAGUAACCACGUCCUCUUCAGAGAGUACAACUACAUCAGGGCCACUCCUCAUAACAGAGCCUCCUUCAUCAGAGUCUUCUGGAGAUGCUACAGACAGAUUGGAAAGAGUGGAGACUUACUGUCCAUGCUCGAGUACAGGUCUCUGCUGCAGUUAUUGUGUCCAGACUUCCCAGUAGAGAUGGUACAGAGCGCAGCCAGAAUCGUUCUGAUGGACGACGCCAUAGAUUGUUUGAUGUCUUUCUCUGACUUCCUUUAUGCCUUUCAGCUGCAGUUCUACUACCAAGAGUUCCUGGACAGCGUGCUGCUGAUCUACCAGGAUCUGUUAGCAGGGAAGAGUCCUAACACUGUUAUCGUCCCCACCUCCACGUCCAUCGAGCAGCUCCCCUCUGUGACUGCAGAGGAGAAUGACAAGGAGCGGCAUCAGCAGGACGGGGUGGAGCCGUCCACUCUGGCUCAGUGUAUAGACGCCCUCUGUGACAGGUUCAAACACAGUCAUCCUUCCAGGUCCUGUAUGAGGGAGAUACUGGAGGAAACCGACAAAGUCUGUUACUACAGCUUCCUAAUGAAUCUGGCUAAACAUGAGACCAUCAACCAAACUAUUGGAGUGUUACCCAGCAGAGCAGAGCUACUGGUCGACCCAGAGAUGGACCAGGAACUGGACAAAAUAAUCGCCCAGAUCUCAGUGAGUCCUGGCAGCAACAGCAGUGGCAGCGCGGUGGGGGGGCUGAAGGAGCUGCAGAGGAAGGCCUCCCCCAGGAGGAACAUCCACCACAGGAGGAAGAUGGAGGUGGAAAGCGACGGCUCCACGGAAGAAACCGACUCCUCUGAAAACUGACCUCUGACCUUUCACCACUCUGUGAAACCUUCCAUUUUAGGUCCUAAACACACUGUGGCCGUAUGGCGCACAUCAAACACUCCAUUAUUUGCUACGUAAACUCAAACACUAGUAGUGGAUAAGUACACAUCAGUGCAACAGAACACUCCAUCCUGUGAUAGAACAUGCCACUGUGUUUUUGUCCAGCACUCAUGUCCUCAUGUCCAAUCUUUCCAAACCAAAUGUUUGCUUUCCCAUCAUUACUUGUUGGUAGUAUUGUUUUUGUUAUUGUUUUUUUUUGCUUGUACCAUAACCCAGUUGAAUAGCAGCAAUAAUGCAGCUCUUACUCAAUGGGACUCUGAGGUUGUGGUGUUGGAGAAGCCUCUGAAAUGGCAUCUAGACAAAACCAUUAUGAAACACAAAAACUCUCCUGUGAAAGUUUAACUAAUGAAGUAGUUUUAAGUGACAGGUUUAAAAGACUGGAACAUCUGUCAUACUUGAGUUUGAAGUAUUGACUGUAAAUGCUUACAAGUCCAACACUGAUUCAAAUAGCAGAUCUCUGUGUUUCUUAACCCUGAGUGUUGAGCAUGUUAAAGAACAGGCACUGAACAAUGACAGGAAACUGUAGAAAUAAUUCCUCCUCUCCCCGCCUGUUCAGUAAACAGUUCGUUUAAUUUAUUAUGAUAUGAAGCUUUAUGUGAAUGUGAUAUUACACGUAUGGAGAUCCUUACUCACACUGUGAAUAAUAAAGAUGUAACUGAUUCCUGAUUUAUUUACAUUUUUUUUAAUAUUUGAGAUUAUAUACAUUAUAUUUCUUUAUUGUAAUCAUUUUUAUUCAAAUUCUUAUAAUUGCACAUUGUGUUAUCAUGACUCAAGUGUAGUCUUCCAACGGAUUCAUACAUGGGUGUAGGU